UUGAUUUUUCAAAUUAAAAAGUGAAAUGUCAUAUACUAUUAUAUAGUCAUAGAUAGUCUUUUCUACGUAUAUGUAUAAAUGUAUGUCGAUGUGUGCUUCAACAGUAGGUUGAUAUUGUCCACUUCGAUCCUCUAGCCCGCACGGAUUUGUUUUUGGGUCACUCCUAAAAGGAGUUUCAACUUCCCUCAGACUCCCGACGUGGGAUGAGUUUGUAUUCAUGAACAGUAGUAUUGUAUAUAUGUGACAAAAUCCGAGAACAUGAUGACACAUAACAUAAGUAUUGCCGCGUUGAACAUUUUGUUCUCCCAUUCGCUAGGCUGUAAUCCAUCUUUUCAUAUUAGUUGUUGCCUUAGUUACUAUCGAAUUGAAGAUCACUACUCGCUUGUCCUAACUGAUUUGAAUAAAUUAUUUCAUUGUGUAUACUGCAGCUUGUUUGAUCGAAAAUUCUUAGUUGCCAGCAAUAUUUACCAAAGGAAAGAACUACUAAUAAAGGCCAAUGGGUUCCACAAUCUGCAAAAUUCAUACUAGUGCGGUUAUUUGUUUAUAUAUAGGCGGUUCAAUUAUUGUAGUAGCUAGCAAGCAAAGAAGAUAUAUAUAGAUAAGAUCAUCAUCAUCAAACAAUAUUAAUUAAAUGUCGAAAAAUCAAGACGUUGAGACGGCUGAGAUUAAGUGUGGCAAGUUUUCAGCAGCGGUUGUGACAGCUAGAGCUGUGACGACGGCUUCUCUCACAGCCUCCAUUGCAGUUCUUCUGACCAACGAGGCCACCUUGGUCCGCGGCUACGUCUUUACUUACAAACAUGUUUUCUCUUACAGUUACAAGUACAUGUUUUAUGUAGCUUUGUUUGGGAUUGCAGCAAAUUUCCUUUGCACAAUGCACUACAUUCUCACCAAGCAACGUCUCAUUAAUAGCUAUAUUACACUGCUUAAGUUCUGCUUCUACGUGGAUAAGAUGACGACGGUGGUGGUAGCAACGGGAGGUGGAGCAGCAUUCUGCGCGACGGUGGAUUUGAAGAGGGUGGAAUGGAAUGAGUAUAAUUCGAAGAAGCAAGAUUUUGUGAGUGUGGGGUAUGUGGCUGCAGCAUUUGCUGUUGUUGGAUGCAUUUCCAGCCUCUCUUCUUCCAUUCAUUCUUCGCUUGCCCUCACUAACACUAUUUGAGGAUUUAAGACAGCGAAACAACAUCGUAUUAUACUACUCCAUAU